AUGGCUCAGCCAAAACUCUUGAUAGUAUUUGAUCUUAACGGGACAUUACUAGAACGACUUAGUUCAAAAGAGGUCAAGGAUAUUCGGUCCAAGUGUUCGUUCCUGCCUGAAAGUAGCAACUAUAAAUACCGUUCAAAGUGGUGUUUUCUUCGACCACACUUGAAUGAACUUAUACGGUUUGUGGUCCAACAGCCACAUAUUACUAUAGGUGUAUGGACAUCAGCUGAAGCUCCUAAUGCACAGCGGCUUACAGAAUUGACAUUUGGUCCUGCUUUCAAGCAUGUGUCGUUUGUGAUGGACCGAUCCUAUUGCGACCAUGCGCCUACAGGUGUAAAGUCGCAUAAUUUGCUCAAGGAUGUAUCCAAAAUCUGGAGUGAUGAAACUCUUAAUCCUAACGGUGUCUGGUCCAACGUAGAAAAACACAAUAUUGAUUGA